AUGCCCGACAACUACGACGUCGUCGUUAUCGGUGCUGGCCCUGUAGGCCUCAUGCUCUCCGCCUGCUUGACGCGCCUGGGGCCCUACAAAAUCAAGCACAUCGACAAGGCCGUGGAGCCAACGCGCGCCGGCCGCGCAAGUGGUAUCCAACCGCGGACCCUGGACGUGCUCAGCACUAUGGGCCUUAAGAGACCUAUCUGGGCGUAUUAUCCGGGUCUCAUUCAAGAAGUUGCCUUCUGGGCUACAACUACCGAUGGAAAGGGCAUUCAGCGUACCGGCACCAGCAAGAGCUACCCCGAUCACGUCGACACACGGUACCCUUUCACCACCAUCCUGCACCAGGGCCGUGUCGAGCGCAUUUUCUUGGAUGAUGUGCGGUCUCGGGGCGUCCAGGUCGAGCGAUCACGGGUUAUUCGCAGCGUGAGAUACCUUGGACCAGACGUUGAGUACCCCGUUGAGGCAGAACUGGUCAAUGUUGAUGGAUCAGCCACCGAGACGGUGCGGACCAAGUAUCUCUUCGGUGCGGAUGGGGCACGCAGUGCGGUGCGUGCAAUGCUCGGUAUUCCUAUGGUUUAUAAAGAUCCAACAGUUCACGUAUGGGGAGUGAUUGACGGGGUGGUGAAGACCGAUUUCCCCGAUAUCCAAAUCAAAUGCACCGUUCGUACGCCCCGUGGUGCCUGUAUGGUCAUACCCCAUGGCAACAACCGCGUGCGUGUGUACGUCCAGAUGUCGCGCGAGGAGGUCGAGGUCCUCUCCGCGUCUGGCUCUCAGCAAACGAUCCAGCGCACAGCGAACAAUAUCUUGAGUCCGUACAAGGUCGAAUGGGAGUGCGUCGACUGGCACUCCGUCUAUCCCAUCGGUCAAGGCAUCGCACAGCAAUACUCCAUGUAUAACCGGAUCUUCAUUGGCGGCGACGCCUGCCACACCCACAGCCCCAAAGCCGGUCAGGGCAUGAAUUACGGUAUCUUGGACGCCCACAACCUCGCCUGGAAGCUGGUGGCCGGUAGCAUGGUCAUCCGCGAUAGGAAACUCAUGGUCACGCGGUAUUGGUAA